AUGGCGGACGCAUCAUGCAGCGGAGGAACUCCCUUUAAGCAACUCAUCGACCACCAGGGUCGAGAUGUUAGCCAUCACCAAGACCGACUUGUAGGCCGCGGUGGUCCUCAAGGUCAUACUUCUUUCAGAUCUGCACCACAACAUGUGCAAGGCGCGGAUGGCUUCGGCGCAUUUAUGGAUGGUCAAGCGACUCUUCCAGGAGUUCCCCAGCAUCAUCACGCAGCAGGGAGGCUAGCAGCUCAUGCCGCUGUUCUUGAGCAGGGACAUUCACCUGCAUUCCACGCCGCGCAAGCAGCGCACUUCAACCAGGGACAGCACUCCCCUUCGGUUGGUGUAAGUAACUGGGCCGCCGACUUCAACCGCUUCGCGAAUCAGUCACAGCAAAGACAACCUGCUCAAAAUGGCUUUUCUCAAGGUGCACCUCAGGUGCAUCAACCAACUCCUCAGAUGAACUUUCAGUCCGCCUUUAUGCAACCCAACACUACAUUCGCGCCUAUGUUUGGCCAGUCUAAUAAUGCUUUCAUGAAUGGCAACGCAGCAUCGACACAGGAGGCUGGAUUUGACGACGAAAUGUCAAAAUGGAUGGCAACCAACGCUGGCGGAGGGAUGGAAGAAGUAGACGCCAUGAUGGACCAAAUGGCUCGCGAAUUGGAACUCAACGAUGCAGCGGUAGCAAAGGCAGAGGCCGAACAGGCAGAACAGCAAGAGACCCGCGUCGAACCAACACUGGAAGCAGAUCCCACCAACCUUGCAACGCCAGAUAUCGCCAGUCUUUCCAUCGAGACAGAAGAAGAGCCUGUAGUCCAGGACACCGCCGAAGCAGCAAAGACCAAGUCUGAGGUCGCAGACGCAGCUGAGCGCCUUCUCGAAUCAGUCGAACACGAAGAUGGUGAGAAAUGGAAGAACUCGGUAUUCUUGUCUCUAAUGCGAGAUUUCCGCGAUGGAAGGAAAGAUAUCAUCGACAAUGAGAUUCGUGAAACACCAGAGAAUGAGACGAAUAUUGCGAAGGAGGCACAGUGA